ACAUACAAACCGGAACGCAUUUACAAUCCAGCUUUGUACAUGAAAUUUUCGUCACUUGGCACAAAUUAAAAAAUUAGAUGUGCCUGCGUUUAUGUUGGAAGAAUGGGACGAUCGCGUUCGCGUGCUUCCACAGUCUUUUGAUUCGCUGAACAAUCGAUUUAACCCUGUAACCGAGGUCCAUACUGAGGCUGUGUAUAUUUUGGACGAUGACGUAUUUAUUGAUAUCGACGACCUGGACUUCACAUUCAAAGUUUGGCAACAAGGAAACAACAAAGACAGCAUUGUCGGUCAUUUUCCGCGCAUCCAUCAGUAUAAUCCGGAUACCCACGAGGUUGUAUACAAGGUCGCCAAUAAAGAUACAUAUUCUAUGGUAUUGACGAAAAGUAUGUUUGUACGCACUGAAUACUUGUUUGCCUAUACAUGUUUAAUGGAUAGAAAAGUGCAUCAUGCUAUUGAUACAUGGACCAAUUGUGAAGAUAUUGCUUUCAACAUGAUGGUCUCUGGAUUACCGGGUGCACCUGCUAUUGCCGUAACACCGCAAAAUUAUAUCAUCGACUUUGGACUCAAGAACGGCAUCAGCACGAACCUGCAGCAUAUGGGGAGCCGAAGCGAGUGUGUCGAGCAUUUUAUUACAAAUUAUUGGAAUGGGAAAGAUCCGUUGCUCGUCUCAUCAACUGCUGUCGUGCCCUAUCAUCGUCCUACGAUCCGACGCGGCAGCUGGCAUAAGAUCGAACAGGUGCUUGACCGCUAUCACUUGCCAACAACAGAACAAGCAGCUUCCGCCACUGCAGUAACAACCCCAGCGUCAUCUUAGUCCAUCAUCAACUGCAGCAUAAACAACAGACAUAUUUUGUAUAUUUGGCAUUUUUUCAAUUCUCCUUUGUACCAUAUUUUGCUUUAUAUUUGAAUUCUUGCAUUCUCAACCAGAUGUUCUGCCAUUACCCAUACAUAUGUUGACUAGAGUGAAAACCUGUAUAUUUCAUAGCAUACAACGCGGAAGAUGUAGAAAGAUCUGUCAACAUGCUUUUUUUCCAUAGUGCUAUUCCUAUUCUGACUACAUUUGAGAUCUGUUUUGUUGCUUUGCGCCUAGUGACUAAGAUUAGACCUAAGAUUUCCUGUGCAUCCAACAAGGCAGUUGUCAGUAAGGAAAAACUAUUCCUCCGUCAAG